AUGGGGAUCAAGCCGUCGUCAUUGCGACCCCCAUGGAGCUCGCCCGCGCCCCCUGCGACCGAAGGCGGUGGCACUCCCGUUUGGCUGCCGCACGACGUCGUCUUCGACAUCCUGUCGUGGAUGCCGGUGAAGUCGGCGUGCCGGUUCAAAUCCGUGUGCCGGGAGUGGCGCGCCCUCAUCAACGACCCUGGCUUCGUCGCCGCGCACAAGGCUCGUGCGGAGCCGCUCCUCGCCAUCGCCGCCAACUCGUGCGACGAGCCAUCGACCCUGCGGCUCAUCGACAUGGACGGCCACAUCAUCAAGGUGAUAAAAAACUCUCAUCCGAUUUUAAGGUUUGUCUGCAGCAGCCCUGGCAACCUGGUGUGUGUCGUCGGCUAUUCGCUGGAGACAGCCAGAGUGCUCAACCUUGCAACCGGAGAGGCCACUGUGAUUCACCGCAAAUUUAGCUUUAUGGGCUUCGGCCGCGCCGCCCCGUCGGGUGCCUACAAGAUGGUCAGCAUAAGUCCCAGCACCUGUGAGAUCCUCACGGUAGGGGAUGACGUGGGCUGGAGGCAAACGCAGCCCCUGCCUAGCAGCAUCUCCUAUAACAGCCGCCCUGUCGUGGUCAGGGGUGUCAUGUACUUGAUGUUAGCUCCACAGCUCAAUGGUGAUAGCGUGACCUGCUUCGAUCUGGAGAGUGAGAAGUGGAAUGGGGGAAUCAAAGGCCCACCGAAUAUCCAACUUCACCGGUUUGACAUUACCUUGGAGGAACUCAACGGGGCCCUGUGUAUGCUCCAGCCGGAGGUAGGAAACAUUUACCAUGGAACCAUGAGCAUAUGGCUCCUAAUCGAUUCCCGCAAGGGGGUCUGGAUCAAGGUGUACUCGAUCCCUGUGGACCCGUCUGCCUAUGGUCCCAUUGUGCCUUUGAGGAUAUUACGUGAUAACGGUAAACUGCUCUUCCAUGUCACGCUUAAAAUCGACGAAUUCGCGGUGCUGCAAAUCUAUGACCCUCGUCAUCGGACAUUCACGGACGCCCCCAAGAUGCUCGCGGGUGACAACGGUGGCGGUAUCAGCUUUUGCAGCCUGCAUUUGGAUAGUUUUCUGCCCGCCACCGUCUAG